CGAUCUUGCAGGAAAUGCCUGCCAUUUACAAAAGAGAAGCGGCGAAGAUGCCGGAAGAACCGGAGCCAGUGGAAGAAAACGUCGAGUUAACGACGAAAAUUUUUGUCACCACGGAAGAGGAAGUGAAAGAGGUUAGCACGGUGGCGGUGACGGAAAGUGCAGGGAAGAACUUCGAGACUCAAGUGGAGAACCUCGGCAAAGAGCUUGCAGAGGAAAUGGGAAUACCAACAUGGGCACUCGUAGCGAUUUUAAUAGCCGUACUGGUAGUAGUUCUUGGAAUCUGCUUCUGCUGCAUCAGAAGAUGCUGUCGCAAAAGACGGUCCAAGGAUGGGAAGAAAGGGCUGAAGGGCGCGGUGGACCUCAAGUCCGUGCAACUAUUAGGCAGCACGUACAAGGACAAGACGCACAUUCUACACUCGUGGAAUCCACUUCGAUCUGUUAAGGUUCAGCCGGAUAUGGAAGAGUUAACUGACAACGCUGAGGAACCGGACGAAGGCGAGAGUAAACAGAGCGAGGUGAAACUUGGGAAGCUUCAAUACAAGCUCGAGUACGAUUUCAACACGAACAGUCUGGCAGUGACUGUGAUACAAGCCGAGGAGCUACCAGCUUUAGACAUGGGAGGCACUUCCGAUCCGUACGUGAAGGUUUACUUGCUACCGGACAAGAAGAAGAAAUUCGAGACGAAAGUGCACAGGAAAACGCUCAGUCCAGUUUUCAACGAGACUUUCACGUUCAAGGGCGUGGCAUACGCAGAUGCGAUGAACAAGACGCUAGUUUUCGCGAUCUUCGACUUCGACAGGUUCUCCAAACACGAUCAGAUCGGUGAGGUGAAGGUUCCUCUGUGCCAAGUCGAUCUUGCUCAGACGAUCGAGGAAUGGAGAGAGCUGCAGAGCGUCGAGGGUGAGGGUGGCCAGGACAACAAAUUGGGUGACAUUUGUUUCUCGCUUCGAUACGUGCCCACGGCCGGUAAAUUAACGGUGGUCAUCCUGGAAGCGAAGAAUCUGAAGAAAAUGGACGUCGGCGGCCUGUCAGAUCCUUACGUAAAGAUCGCACUGAUGCAAAACGGCAAGAGAUUGAAGAAGAAGAAGACGUCGAUCAAAAAAUGCACUCUCAAUCCGUAUUACAACGAAUCAUUCACGUUUGAGGUACCCUUCGAGCAGAUACAGGUACGAAUCGUUGAAUUUUCUCUACUACCGUCCGUUUAUUUCGUUCCCUCCGUGUUUGACACAGUCCACAGACACAGGUAACAGUAACAAUACACGUACUUCAACAUCUUCUCUACUUUUCUUACUACAUUAACUUAGCACACCCUUUCUUUCGAAUUACUUUCUAGACAAGAGCCACGACAAUAACUUUAUUUCUUAUUAUUUUUGUAUCUCCGUAGCAUAAGACUAUUACGUUUAUGCUAAAUACGUUCAAACCAUUGCAAACGGAUGAUUUAAGCACAUUCUAG